AUGAAUGCUUCUUUACAAGAUAUCGUCUUUGCAUUUUUGCAAACCUACUAUCAAAGAAUGAGCAAAGAUCCUUCCAAAGUAUCAGCUCUAUACUCAUUGACAGCAGAAUUAACGCAUAUUAAUUACCAGGUUGAGUUUGAUUUAGGUGGAGAGACUUUACCAACAAUCAAAUUAACGGGAAAAGAAAAUAUUAGUAAAUUUUUUACAAGAAACAACAAAAAGGUUAGUGAUUUAAAAGUCCUGAUUGAAUCUUGCGAUUUUCAAACCACGGGAGCUAAUCAUUCAAGUGUCUUAAUUUUAACGACUGGUGAGAUGUUUUGGACAGGAACUCCAACUUACAAGUUUGUCCAAAGUAUCAUCUUGACACCAAAUCCAUCGAAAAAUGACUCUUUUGAUAUCACAAAUGAUGUUGUUCGUUUUAUUGCUGAUAAUUUAUCACCGUACGCUCUGGAAACUAUAGAAACUAUAGAAACUACAGACAAAAAAGAGAUAGAACCAGGCGAAAAAGCAUCGGCGGCCGAAAAUUCCAGAAUGCACAUGCGAACCGAGGAAACUUCAAAAGAUGAUCAAUCUAGAGACAGUACAAAGGCUGAGACUGGUGAGCUCAUUCGAGAUGAUGGCUCAGAUACAAAAAAACCAAUCUCAAUUAAAGAAGAGGUGAAAAGCAAUAAAGAGGAUCGGAAGAAAGUGAACAAAGUCGAAGAUAUAACGAAGGUGAAGCCAGGUGUCCAAUCAUGCGAAUCAGCGGAAGAACAAAAUAUGAAAAAAGAAAAUGAAAGCACUGAUAGCGUAAAAAAGAAGAGUAAUCCAGAUACCCAUCAAACAAUGGAAACUCCCACAAUUGCUGCUUCUCCUGUACCUCCUGUGAGGAUGAGUUGGGCAUCAAAGCUUGCCGCAAAUGUGGCAACAUCCAAAGUAAACCCUUCAGUCGAGUCCACAGCUGAAAAUAUCAAAUCAGAAUCACAGGUCUUUAAAAAACCAUCUGAAAUCAAACUGGAAGAUUUGGCGAGCCGCAAGGAAAAUCCAGGCAAUAAAACGAUGAAGAAAAAAACUCCCAUGUUCAGCACGAUCAAUAAGGAUGGAUUCUAUCCAAUUUACAUUAAGAGGACAAUGGGUUUGACCGAAGACAAAUUGAAAAGUGCGCUGGAAUCAGAGUUUGGCAGUGUAAUGAGGAUAACAAUAUCGGAUAACUUUGCAGUAGUGGACUUUGAAACCCAAAAAAGUCAAAUAGAAGCCUUGGAAAAAAAACAAUUAACGGUUGGCGAAAACGAAAUAUUUUUCAGUAGAAAAACUGUAAAAAAACCCUCAUCGUCUCCACCAGUGGGAUCAUCGAUGUCUCUACGAUCUCAUAAGAAACAUACAAGCUACAAUAAUGGGAGUAGUAAGAGAAAAGAUUGA